CUCAACAGCGUACCCAAUGCACGAGGAUGAAGCGUUUUGGAAGCACAGGGGUAUGUAACAUCACAUAGGCGGUUCUCGCGUAGCGUUAUUUAACGCGCCCACCUGCACUGCACAGAACACAUUUUCACGGCGUCUUCCUGGUGGACUAGUAAACGAUGGACCUGCACAUCUUGGACCAUAAAUUACGGGUGACUUCCAUAACCAAAACGGGACUUCAGCAGUACACACACCCCCUAAUCAAGCUGAUAUUUCUCAGAAACAGGACGAGAUGCAAAUUUUUCAGUCUCACAGAGACUCCGGAAAAUUACACGGUUGUGCUCGAUGAGGAGGGAUUUAAAGAGCUCCAGCCGUCUGAGCACUUACAGGUGGAGGGCUCCACUUGGCUCCCGCUCAAUGUCGUCUCCAAUGGCAACGCCUCCAGCAGCUCACAAGCCGUGGGCGUCACCAAGAUCGCCAAAUCUGUUAUCGCUCCAUUGGCCGAGCAACAUGUGUCCGUCUUCAUGCUCUCCACCUAUCAAACCGACUUUAUUCUGGUGCGAGAGAAGGACCUGUCGGUGGUGGUGGAGACUCUGUUGGAGGAGUUUAAUAUUUUCAGAGAGGAGGGAGGAGAGUCAGUGCCUGUCCACAGUCAGGACGCCUGCAACGGCCUUCAGCGAAACGGCAGAGAGGGUCCACAUGCAACAGUUCAUCCGGUGCUGAUUCCGGAGAAUCAAUUUUGUGUAAUGAGCUUGGAUCCGGACACACUGCCAGCGAUCGCCACCACCCUCAUAGACGUUCUGUUUUACUCUAACAGUCCUAAAGAGGGUGCCAGUGUUGAUCAGGACAUGGAAUGUAUCAAGUUCUUCUCCUUUUCUCUGAUUGAUGGAUACAUCUCUUUGGUGAUGGACACGGAAGCACAGAGACAAUUCCCCGCUGAUCUUCUGUUCACCAGCUCCUCUGGUGAGCUCUGGAGGAUGGUAAGAAUAGGAGGGCAGCCGCUCGGUUUCGAUGAAUGUGGGAUAGUCGCUCAGAUCUCUCAGCCUCUUGCAGACAGUGAUAUAUCAGCGUAUUACAUUAGCACCUUCAGCUUUGAUCAUGCUCUGGUGCCGGAAGAAGAUAUAGUGAGCGUGACCGAGAUGCUUCAAGCUCAGAGGAAGGAUAUGUCCAGUUGAAUGCAUCGUCAGCUUGGAAAGGGUAGAAAAAGUCCUUAACGGUGGAUGGUAGAUCUUAUUUGAGCCACUAACACACAGUAUUACUCCACAAGACUGUCUUGGCAUAACCAGAGGUGCUUCAGUCAAAGCAUUUGAGAGCUUAGGCUUAAAACAGGCCUAAACUCAGAAAACUGCGGCGUUUUGCUUUUGCAGAAACGGCAGUGCUGAUUAUAUGCCAUUGCUGAGAAUCCGAGUAUUUACAUGAUUCGAAAGGACAUUUUUGCGGCAUGUUUAAUGCUUGAUUAUUUCAAGCACAUUUUUCUCAAUUGAAUUAGAUGUAGAAGAUUUAUUUCUUCAUUUCAGGGGUAAUGAUAACGCAGGAUGUUCUGCAAAAAUCAUUAUUUCUUUGAGUAUUGCACACAGACGUCUUCCAGUAUUGUCAGAAUCAGUUUUUUUUUUUUCUUAAGUAACCCUGUUUGAGGUCAAGCAAAAUGCAUUUUAUUGUUGUAGCAACUUUUGGUGUCAUUGAAACAUUGCACUUCGAAAAGCACUUACUGGCAGUAAAUAUUUGGAUCACUUUUGAAUCAGCAUUUCAAACAUUUCUCGCAAAUACCGGAGUCGUACUCUUAUGUGUGAUCUUUUCAAAUCACAUUUACACCUAGUUGUGUGAGUCUCUCAAGAACAUAUGCAGCUCACAUUUCACCCUCAAAACGAAAUUCUGUUGUAAUGUAAAUUUGAUUAAAAUUUCCUCACCCUCUAAGAUGAGGGUGUUAUGGAAGCACGUUUCUGCCACUGAAAAAAAAAAAGGUUAU